AUGGCGCCCACUCCGACGGUCACUAGUGGCCUUUUAAGACAAACGAUAUACUAUCAUCUCGAUAAUGCCUCCUACCACAACGGCCUAUUCUUCGCCGAACGCUUGCUGGCGCAGGAUCCCAGAUCUAGCGAGUCUACAUACCUCUAUGCUCUAUGCCACUUGCGACUCGGCGACUUUCGCUCAGCCUACGACGUUGGCAAGCCCAUAGGAUACCGUGGUGUUCAUCUGGGGUGUGCCUGGGUUUUUGCUCAAGCAUGCUUGGCUCUCGAACGAUUUAAGGAUGGCAUCUCCGCCUUGGAGAAAGCCCGAAGUCUCUGGGCAUCGAAAUGCAGCUUAGGGAAGCAUAGCGCAACCACCAGAACCGCUCUUCCUGACGCGCCUGCAGUUCUUUGUCUUCUAGGACGACUCCAUCGCGCAUAUGACGACAAGAAGAAGGCUGUCUCCUGUUUCGAAGACGCUCUUCAGCUGAAUCCUUUCAUGUGGGAUGCUUUCGAAGCGCUAUGCGACCUUGGCGUUACUGUCCGUGUACCCAACGUUUUCAAGACCAGCGAUACGCUAGUACAUGGCUUCGAUGUGGAAUCAAGCUCUUUGAUAUCAAGAGAAGGAUCUGUACCAAUCGUUACAGAUAUCCCCAUGAAGAAGUCCCAACGGAAUGCUACAAUGGAUGUUGCAAGCGAUCCCUUCAGCUCCAGUCAUUCCCCAACAAUACAGGAGCUUGCUAACGGCGACUCUGGCCAGGAAGUCGAUAAGAGCGAAUUUAUGCAGAAGAUCCAAGAGGGACGCAUGCGCUAUGCGACAUCGACUAACAGCAGCUCUGGUUUUGACGGUAUGGAGACGCCUCCAGGUACGAUAUCUUCGGUUACGACAUCAUCUCGCAUUGGCCAUUCCAAUGAGCCUCCUCAGGCUCCACCUCGAAGGACGCGGCAUGCCCAAGCUAUCGACCAGGCGCAGGAGGCACCCCCACGAAUGAAUUAUCGCAUAGGAUCUCGACGCACAAGGGCGCAAGACAAGGGGCUACCAGAACAAUCUACAGAAAAUGUGAUGACUGACGCGUCUAACGCCGCACCCUCAGCAUCAUUGCGAUCGUCUAUACCGGCGGCGGAAAGAAAACGGACUAUAUCGGGGCACCCAGCACAGCGAACGGCAAACUCAGAAGAGCCAGCGAUGACUCGACGUAGUGCAAGGCUCAACAUGUUUAGACCAUCGUCCAAAGCAAACUCGGGGGCGGCUGGGAUGGGAACUGCGGCCGUCAGGGAGCUGAAGAAGGCUCGGCCCCCAAUUUCUCGGAUUGUUCGACCUGGAUCAAGUGGCUCUAGUGUUGGCCGCGUGGUUAGUGGUAAUCGCAAACCUCUCGAAGAGGCACAAGCCGACAUGGAUCACAGCGAGCUACCGAAAGCCAAGGAGAUCCCCCCUCCACCGCCGGUGCACAAGACAUCAGAGCUUGAUGCUCAGAAGAUCGAAGAAGGACUUCGAUGGCUGCUCGACCUUGUCAUGAAGCUAGCAAACGGAUACUACUCAUUAUCCCAGUUCCAAUGUACCGAGAGCCUUCAGCAUCUUCAAUCGCUUCCGAUGUCUCACCAAAACACACCGUGGGUUUUGGCACAGAUGGGUCGAGCUCACUUUGAGCAAGCUUCAUAUGCCGAGUCUGAGAAGUUCUUCAGGAAGAUGCGUGUGCAAGCACCUUCAAGACUCGAGGAUAUGGAGGUAUACUCUACAGUUCUCUGGCAUCUAAGAAGGGAGACGGACCUUUCUUUUCUGGCACAUGAGUUAGUAGAUUCCGCAUGGCUUUCACCACAGGCUUGGUGUGCGUUGGGGAAUGCUUGGUCAUUGGCCCGCGACCAUGAACAAGCACUCAAGUGUUUCAAGCGAGCUACUCAACUGGACCCCAAAUUCGCAUAUGCUUUCACCUUACAAGGACACGAGCACGUUACCAACGAAGAAUAUGAUAAGGCACUGACUGCAUAUCGUCAAGCAAUAUCAGCCGACCGACGCCAUUACAAUGCCUACUAUGGCAUAGGAAGGGUCCAGGAACGUCUCGGCGCUUACGAUAAGGCGUACACGCACUUCCAUGCAGCUCAGAGCAUCAACCCCAACAAUGCAGUGCUGAUAACUUGCAUUGGAACAGUGCUAGAGAAGCAGAAACAAAUAAUGCCUGCUCUGCAAGCUUAUAGCAAAGCAGUUGACCUCGCACCUCGUGCAGCCCAAACUCGAUACAAGAAGGCCAGAGCACUGCUUGCUGUUGGUCAAUUAGAUGCGGCGCAAAAAGAGCUGAUGAUACUUAAGGACCUGGCGCCAGAUGAGGCCACGGUUCACUUCCUCCUCGGCAAACUGUAUAGAAGCAUGGGCGAAAAGCAGCUCUCAGUGCGUCACUUUACUAUUGCCCUUGCCCUGGACCCCAAGGCAAGUCAACAGAUCAAAGAAGCAAUUGAGAGUUUCGAGGACGACGUGGAGAUGGAUGACUCGAUGAUGUGA